AUGGCCCAAAGGCGUUUACUCCAGUUUGGACGUAAAUUUGCAUUUCCCAUCACUGCUUCCGGAGCCGGUCUUUAUCUUUAUCAACUUUCCAAUAUGCCACAACCUCCUACUCUCACUCGAGCUGACAAGUCUACCAAUCGCGAUCACCACGAUGGCAAUCGCUUUACCAAUCCUUGGGAAUCGGCACACCAACCAACAGCCUUGGACACGAUCAAGAUGAUUUUGGAGAACAAGCUGGGCAAGGCAGAAGCUGCUAUUACCGAGUCGACCAAACCACAAACAGUUGAGCAAAUGCAAUGGGAUGUUAUCAAUGCACCAUCAAAAGCUGGAGAGGGUGCCGUGGUAGUAACGUGGAUUGGGCAUGCCUGUGCGCUCGUCCAAGUGAAUGGCUUCAAUGUCUUGUUUGAUCCAAUCUUCUCGGACAGAUGCUCACCUUUAUCGUUCGCUGGUCCCAAGCGUUAUACUGAACCUCCCUGCAAAUUGGAUGAACUUCCUCGGAUAGAUGCUGUGAUCAUUUCUCAUAAUCACUACGAUCAUUUGGAUGCUCCUACUAUCAAGACCCUCGCCAAUCAAUAUCCAGACGCCAAUUUUUAUGUCCCUCUCGGUAAUAAGGCAUGGUUCAAUGGCACGGUGAAGCAAGAUAGAGUCAUAGAAAUGGAUUGGUGGGAUCACGCUACAAUAUCGUUGGACGCUUCAAGGGCACUCAAAAUCACAUGUACCCCAUGUCAGCAUUUCUCGGGCCGUGGUUUACUCGAUCGCAACAAAACAUUGUGGGCCUCGUGGUGUGUGGAAGGAAUUCAAGAUGGUAAUCGACGUGGCAACGUCUAUUUUGGAGGAGACACUGGUUAUCGCGCUGUGCCUGCCGGUGUUGGAAACAAAGAGUAUGAUGAGGAAUACCUUGAUUCACUGCCCCAUUGCCCGGCAUUUAAAGAAAUCGGUGAUAAGCAGGGACCUUUCGACCUUGCAUUAAUCCCCAUUGGAGCAUACAGCCCACGAUGGUUCAUGUCUACUAUCCACUGCUCUCCUGAAGAUGCUGUACGCGUUCAUGAAGAUGUCAAAAGUAAACGAUCGAUUGGUAUUCAUUGGGGUACAUUUGUGCUUACGGACGAGGAUGUCUCUGAACCACCACGUCGACUACGGGAUGCAAUGAAAAAGCGUGGCCAUGAUGAACAUGACUUCUCAGUCCUCAAGCUUGGAGAAACACUUAUUAUUCCAUCCGUUUCACCUUCCAACUAA